CUAGUUCUUUCGUUCAAAAUCGAACGAUCCUUCUCAUAUUAUAAGUUUAAAUUCUAAGUGUACUAAACAACUUCUGUAAUGAAAGUCUUUUUUGUCAUUAUAUUGAUACAAAUUAAUUAUAUGAUUAGCUGCUUUGAGCAUGUUGAGAGAUUAGAUAACGAAAAAGAGGAUAAUGUUUCGAAAAGUAUAAAAAGGUUUAACAUAAAAGAUGGAGAAUUCACGAACAGAAUAGUUUUUACAACGACGAGAAAAGAUGACCCAAGUGUAUGGUUUAAUAAAAAAUAUCAUCGAUAUGAAUACAUUGGACAGUUUUGGAUUGGGAAAGCAAAGUAUAUCACUGCUCAAAUACGUCAGACGAAAACCAAAGAGGCAUUAAGUACUCUCAAAGAAGACCCUGAUGUGAAAUUUCUGAGACAAAAUCCUGAGAUCUCAUGGGUUACACAAGAAAAGGCACACGCCAGAAGGACGAGAACACUGGAUACAAAAUGGCCGAAUCUUUGGUAUUUGAAUGGUGAUAUUUCUCCGACAAUGAAAGUCGACGAAGCCUGGUCGGAAGGUUACUCUGGUAGGGGUAUAACUAUAGCAGUGUUGGAUGAUGGUUUACAAACAGACCACCCUGAUCUUGCUGCUAAUGUGGACACUGACAAUGAUAAAGAUUUUUAUGACAAUGAUGAUGAUCCUCAGCAUGAAGCCGGAAACAGUCACGGCACGGAAUGUAGUGGAGUGAUAGGUGCGAUAAAGGACAACAAUUUAUGUGUAGUUGGUGUUGCAUUUAGCUGUACUCUAAUAGGAAUUCGAAUUUUGGGUGAUAACUCUAUAUUAGAUUCAGAUGAAGCCCAAGCUCUAAAUCACUAUAUUUCAAAGGUUGAUAUAUACAACAAUAGCUGGGGACCAGGGGAGUUAACUGGUUUUGAAGAACCUGGUCCAAUAACGAAGGCAGCACUGCAGAAUGGAGUAACUAUUGGAAGAAAUGGUAAAGGGGCUAUUUACAUAUGGGCAGCUGGUAACGGAGGUACUGCAGACAACUGUAAUGGUGACGGUUAUGCCAAUAGUAUAUAUACUGUAGCCAUUACUAGUGUACAAAUUGGUAAAAAUGCAUGGUAUUCUGAAGUAUGUGCUCCUGCUUUAGCUGCAGCGUAUGGUGGCAGUGAGGAUGAUAGAUUUCUGACAACAACUACAACAGCAUUUGGCUGUAAAAGCGAGGGUGUCCAAGGAACGUCAUUUGCAGCACCAAUAGCCGCUGGUAUUGCUGCUCUUACACUCGAGGCAAAUCCUAAUCUGACAUGGAGAGACAUCCAACAUCUGAUUGUUUUCACAUCAAACAGGAAUGGUUUCAAUGACACGUAUUCUGAUUGGUCAAUCAACGGAGCAAAUAAAGAAUUCAGCCAGGUGCUAGGUUUUGGUUUGCUAGAUGCCGAAGCUAUGGUAAAGUUCGGACAAAACUGGGUAACAGUUCCAACACAAGAAACUUGCAGUUCAUCCACAAGUUCUCCAGCUUUGAGCACCACUACCUCGGCCUCUGAUUCUAUUACUGUAACAUCUGGUGACUGUCCAUUCAUUAACUAUCUAGAACACGUGAAAGCUGACAUUACAUUCUCCUACUCAGCCUUUAGAGGUGUAACGCAGUUGUAUUUGGUAUCUCCAUCUGGUACCAGAAGUCAUUUAUUACACUACAGGGAACAAGAUGCUGUUGAUAAUGAAACAGCCGGAAAUCUAACUUGGACUUUCAUGUCGGUACAUUUUUGGAAGGAAUCUCCCAUUGGAAGUUGGGGACUUGAAAUUACUUCGUACAUCAAUACUAUAACCGUUUCAUUAGACAGCUGGUCUCUUACGCUUUAUGGAACUUCUAUAGAUCCAUGGCCAAGCGCUGAAGAAACAACUUCGGCCAUUUCAUCAGAAAGAGCUACACAACCAGAUAUCACUACCACCAAAGUGAUAACGAACGAGGUAACAACUAAACCUUCAACUCAAAGCACCACAAUGGUUCCAACUACAAAAGUUACAACUGAACCUACAACUCAAAGCACCACAAUGGUUCCAACUACAAAAGUUACAAGUAAACCUACAACACAGAGCAGAACAAUUGGCCAAACAACAAAUGUAAAAACUGAACAUCCAACAGACAUCACGACGUUCGUUCCAACAACAAAGGAAACAACUGAAAAAAUGACGAUACAAUUUACAAAUGAAGCUACACCAAGACAUACAACAGAAACAGUUACCAAUAGCACAAAGGCUACUUUUUACGAUACCAAUGCACCUAUAAUAAGUGGAGGUGUUGGAGCUUUUAUUGCAAUUCUCUCCAUCGUUGGAGCAGUGUUUGCUACAUAUGCAACAAAACAGAGAUUCAAAAAAUAUGAUAUGAAGAAACAACAAACUACAGAACUAUAAGGCUUUUAUGACAGGAAACCUUGUCCGGUGAUCAAUCCAAUAUAUGGUAGACGGGUAUGGUGGUAUCCAAGUAUAUCCUUACUUCUGCAUUAAUGGAAACGCUUUACCGUAUCUUAUAAACUGGACCAUAUGUAUACAGUCAACAAAGAUGGCAGAUGAUACGCGUUUAUCAACACUUAUCUUAAAAGAAACUGUACCCUAAUCACACACAAAAUAACAAUUUUACUCAUCUGGUUAAACAUUUAAAAAUUACAAUCUGAUAUCAGCACUUGGGCAUUAAAACAACAAUGAGAAACAAAAUAGUUCUAUAUUGUUUUUAGGGGAAAAAACAUGUAUCUUUGGAUGCGCUAAUUAUUUUUAUAAACAUAUCAUUUAUAUUGAAUAAACGAAUAAAUAAGAUCAUUACCAUUAAAAUUUAAACAUCAAAGCCUGAAACUCUUUUAUUAGAAAUCUUUAUUCUAGCAUUUAAUCGAGGAUCCGAAAUUAUGUCAAUAGGUUAUAUGUUGUAUACUAUACAUUUUAGCCUUAACUGAUACCUCAGCUUUUCUUUUGUACCCUGUUAAAUAACAAGAAACUGAUUGGGUGUAUUAAUACCCAUGCUACAUCAAUUUUUAAAUACCCAAAUGUUGCUAAACACUUGUCCUACCUCCAUGACAAAUAUGUUGUUGUCCCCGCAGAUAAAGCCCAAACAACAUCGUUUUCGUGUGUAAAUCACAUAACAUAAACUGUUGGAUGAAUGCAUUAGGUAUUGACAAUUCACUUGGAAACUCAACAUAUACCUCACGAUACUUACUAAAGAGAAAAUCCUGGAUAAUCAUACGUCUGUCCUAUGUUCCUUUGGAAUUUCAACCAAAGGUGAAGAACUGGAUUUUCAAUCACUGUAUUGGUUACCUAAACUACAUAAGUGUCCUUACAAACAACGGUAUCUUGCUUGGUCUUCCAAGUGAUCCAAGAAACCUCUUUCUAAAUUUUUAACAUCAAUUUCAUAACGUGUUUUCAUUUUUUUAUCAGCAAUCAAAGCCGGGCUUCAAAGUAAUUGUGAAACUAUCUAUUCUAGAGGUGGCUUGAAUCAGAUGUGGAUACUAAAAAAAUCCAAAGAUCUUUUAGAGUACAUACAAUCUAAGACUCUUUCAUCUUGCAAUAGUAUUAAAACAUUUGACUUUUAUACACUUUACACAAGUAUUCCCCAUUUCAAACUAAAAGACAAAUUGAAAGAGUUGGUCCUGCUUUGUUUCAUCAAAAAGAAUGGCCAACGUAGAUACAAGUAUCUGGUCUUAGGGAGGGAUAAAUCCUACUUUGUAAAAAAUCACUCUGAUGCUAACCAAACAUUUUCUGAAACUGACAUUAUCAAGAUGCUUGAUUUCUUGAUUGAAAACAUAUUUGUUACGUGUUUUUCAGCAAACAAUUGGCAUUCCCAUGGAAACCAACUGUGCACCUCUUCUUGCCGACUUGUUCCUUUAUUCAUAUGAGGCUGACUUCAUACAGGAAUUAAUAAGGCAGAAAGAAAAGAAGUUAGCAGUAUCCUUUAACUUUACUUUCCGCUACAUAGAUGAUGUUCUCUCACUAAAUAAUUCAAAAUUUGGUGACUAUGUUGAACGCAUCUAUCCCAUUGAACUUAGAUAAAGGAUAUAACAGAUAUAGUUAAGUCUGCCUCAUAUCUUGACUAACAUCUAGAAAUUGACAAUGAGGGUCGGUUGAAAACAAAAUUUUACGACAAAAGAGAUGAUUUCAGCUUUCCAAUUGUGAUAUUUCCAUUUCCCAGUUGCUGUAGUUCAGUUGUUGUCGUUGGUUCAUUUCUGUCAUAUUUGUUUUUCGUUAAUUGUUAUGUUCGUGUUGCUAAGUCCUUAGUUUUCUAUGUUGUGUUUUGUGUACUAUUGUUUGUCUGUUUAUCUUUUUCUUUUUUAGCCAUGGCGUUGUCAGUUUAUUUUCUACUUAUGAGUUUGAAUGUCCCUUUAGUAUCUUUCGCCUCUCUUUAAAUAUCUAGGCAUUAGCUUAUUGCCUAGGAUUUAAGCUUAAUUCCUAUUUUUACUUAUUGGCGUUAACAUAUACAGUUUGAAUGUCUCUUUGGUAUCUUUCGUUCCUCUUUUACACGUUCCUUAAAUUAUCGUGCAAUGGGAAAUGGUAACUGUAACAUGUGGAAGUAUAGAAUUGUAAAUUUCCUUUUGCUCACUGAAUUGUGUAACGUGCAAUAUGAAAUUGUGCACAGUGCAAUAUUUAAUGGACUGCGAUGUAUCGUGUGACGGAUAUGGGGAAUGGUGUUAACACCUUCUUUGUGUUCUAUUGAAAUUUGUAAUCGCACAUAUACCUUGUAAAUGAAUUGCAUCGUUAGUAAUUUU